UUAUAAAAACAAAUCACAUGUGUUCUAGGAAGACGGAUGUGUUAUGUUAAAAAGCCUUAUGUUGAUCUACACUGAUGGAUGAAGAAAUACACAGUUUUGAGCAACUGCAGCGUGAAAUAAUGCUGCAAUGCCAAAUUUUAAAAGAAAAACAAGAAGCAAUUGAUUCUAACCAAAGCAGAGUAGAUUCACAAGCUGUUUGGGCAAUGGAAUCAUGGAGUGCAACUGACAGUAUAUCAAAUUUAGAAGACAAUCUAAUUAGAGAACGAAAGAAUCAAUAUCGCAUAGAUAUGAAGAUUGUUUCUCUUUAUUUAAAAGUUCUUUCACUACAGUCUGCAAAAAUUAGCUUUUUUUUAUCAAGAUUACAUAAAUUCAAUAAGAAAAAUGAUUUUCAAGGAAUGCCAGAUUACACAAUUCAAUCUUACCAAGAGUGGCUGCAUACAGAUCCAAAAGUUCAUGCACUUCAAUCAGAGAUUCUAGAUUUACUCAGUCAGAAACUAAAGGACAGUGAAAGGUUACACCAAAAUGUCUUUCUUAAAGCAAAUAUGAAUCAAAAGUUAGAUAUUCAAAUGCUUCGUUCUCAGACAUUUUUUUUGAUCGAAAAAGAUCCACUUUUAGAUAGUGAGUUUUCUAAUUUGGUAAGCGAAAUAACCAGCAUUGCAUCUCCAUCAUUUGAAGGUAUUAAGAUGAGAGAAUUUAUUCAGUUCUGUUGGAACAAAAAUGACAGUCAAAUUCUGUACAAUAAUUGUUACCAUGAGUUUGUUGGUGCUCUUUCUGAACAUAUUAUGACAAAAUAUGGACAUUUAUGUCGAAGCAGUGCUAUGCAAAGAGAUAUAACCAGAGAUCAAAUAUAUGGAAUUAUUGAAGGCCAUCUUAUACCUCAUAUAUCUCAACAAGUUUUUAGCAAAUCUCCGUUUGAUAUUUUACUUCAUAAGCAGUAUGAACAUUUAUCUAAACUUACUCUAAAAGAAAUUGGAGUCAAACCAUGCUAUAUAGAUCCAUCUGUAUGUCCAUACAAAGAAGCUAUUGUUAAACUGAAAAAAUUAGAAAUUGCUAAGCUUCCAACACAGAAAAUGCGCUUUCUUAUUCUUGCUGCUCAAGCAAUUAUGAAUAAAAUGGCAUCUUUAGAUCAGGCUUCAGUCACCAGUGCAGAUGAAUUUAUGGAUGUCUUGGUUUAUGUGACUAUUCAAGCACGAAUUAAGAAGCUUUUUUCUAAUAUUCAAUUUCUAAGAAAUUUUUCUAACCCUAGUUAUAUGUUAUCUGAAACUGGAUACUACCUAGCCAGUCUUGAACUUGCUGCUGAGUAUAUUAAAACUAUGAAGUUAAAUGAUUUUAAACAAGAAAAUGAAAUUGUUUUUGUUCUUUAUGACUCAGAUAAGCUGAAACUAAGCCAUUCAUUAAAAUUGUUUGAAGUUGUUGAAGAGUUAUAUGAACUUGUUGGUUAUGAGGCUUAUGUGGUUAUGGAAUGGUUAACAUUGCCGUCCAGGUUAAGCUGUGGAGUUCUGAGAAAAAAUUCAUAUUGCUCAACUAUAGUAUCAAAAUGGAAAGUAAAAUGUGACAUAGUCACUCUGACUAGUGUUCUUUUAAAAGAUAGUAAAACAUUUGCUGAACUAGUUUUAAUCGAAGAUUUUUAUGUUCCUGUAUUUAAUAAUAAUGUUCCGGAACAUCUAACAUUGAUACGAAUGAGUUCUUCUUUUGAUUGUUGCAAAAAUAACCUUAUAAAAUAUUCUAAUUUGAUCCAUUUAAAUGUUGCUCCUUCUGUCUGUACCAGUGAUUUUCAUAGUAUUGAAACAGAACUCAAGUGCAUGACUGAUGAGUUUGAAGUUGAAUUUUAUCCAUUUCUUCGUAAGAAACAUAAUGGUGUUGAUAGCAUAAUUGCACUUUUACAGAAUGCGUUGUCAGCAAUAUAUAUGUGCAGUGUUACCAACAUAGUUUUGUGGAAGUUAGUGAAAAGAUUUCAAUUACAAUACAAUGCGCUUCACGACACUUUUAAAAAACUACGCGAUGAUGGUAUUUGCGAUUCCAGAACCUUACGCGCAAUUCUUGAGAAAAAUAAACAGUUAUCUUAGUUAACUAUUAUUAUUAUUAUUAUUUAUUUAUUAAUAGUUGUAUCAUAAAAUUAAUUAUAGUUAUAACUAUGUGACUUAAUUUUAUUUAAUAAAUUUUUUAAAUAUUUGAAAUCAGAGAUUUCCAAGCGACACUCUUAAAUGAAAUUUUUUGAAAGAUAAAAUAAAUUUUUGAGUUGUUUGUUUGUUGUGUUUUUUUAUUUAUAAAGUCACGUCAGGACCAUUUUCUUAACAGUGUAUACAUGUUGCAAAAAACUUGAUUAAAUAUGACAUGUGACUUGAGAUUUACAAAACUUUGUUCUUUCUUGUGUCAAAUGAAGGAUGCUUUUCAAAAACUUGUAAUGUUUUUAUUAUCUUUUAAUUUCUUUGGUUUCCUCGGUUUUUUGUUUAACUUGAUUAUUUCUGUAA